AUGGCCCAGGAAUACCGUCUGAAAGACAUCUCGUCCCUCGCGGACAUCAAGAACAUGGACAAAAUCGAGUGCGAGGUCGAAGGUGUCCAGGAUGGAAAGGUCCUCCUGGUGAAGUAUGAGGGCCAGGUCCACGCCUUGAGUCCGAGAUGUACCCAUUACGGUGCCCCGCUGAAGAACGGCGUGGUUGCUCCCGAUGGCAGAAUCACCUGUCCCUGGCAUGGCGCCUGUUUCAACAUCCAUACCGGUGACGUGGAGGACGCUCCGGCCCCCAAUGCUCUGAGCACGUUUGAUGUGGUCGAGAAGAACGGUGCCGUCUACAUCAAGGGCGAGGAGUCUGCCAUCAAAUCGGGUCAAAGAGACCCUGCGAUCAAGUGCAGUGCCACGUCUCCCGAGAAGGUCGUCGUCAUUGGAGGAGGAAGCGGUACCUUUGGGGUUGUUCAGGCCCUUCGUGAGAUGAAAUUCAACGGUGCUAUCACCAUCAUCUCCCGCGAGCCGAACUUGAUUAUCGACCGGACGAAGCUCUCCAAGGCGCUGAUCGCAGAUGCACAGAAGAUUGAAUGGCGUCCGCGUGAAUGGUACAACAAUGCCUCGAUCGAUCUGGUCUUCGACGAGGUCACCGCCGUCGACUUCGACAAGAAGAGCGUAGCCACCAAAUCCGGCAAAUCGCUCCCCUACACCAAGCUGGUCCUGGCGACCGGCGGCGUCCCACGCACGCUCCCUCUCGACGGCUUCAAGGACCUUGGCAACAUCUUCGUCCUGCGGACUAUUCCCGACGUGCAGAACAUCCUCGCCGCCGUGGGCGACAAGAACAAGAAGAUCGUCAUCAUCGGCAGCUCCUUCAUCGGCAUGGAGGUCGGCAACGCGCUCGCGAAGGAGAACAGCGUCACCAUCGUGGGCAUGGAGAAGGCCCCCAUGGAGCGCGUCAUGGGCGAGCGAGUCGGCCGCAUCAUGCAGGGCAACCUCGAGAAAGGCGGCGUGCAAUUCCGGCUCGAGGCCGGCGUCGCCAAAGCCACCCCGUCGUCCGCGGAUGCCAGCAAAGUCGGCGCCGUGCACCUCAAAGACGGCACCGUUCUCCCAGCCGACCUGGUCAUCCUCGGCGUGGGCGUCCGUCCCGCAACCGACUUCCUCCAGAACAACCCCGCCGUGCAGCUGGAGAAAGACGGCUCCCUCAAGACGGACGAGCACUUCGUCGUCCCCGGUCUGGACUCGGUCUUCGCCAUCGGCGAUAUCGCAACGUACCCGUACCACGGCCCCGGCGCUGACGGCACCUACACCCGCAUCGAGCAUUGGAACGUCGCGCAGAACAUGGGCCGCGCCGUCGCCCGCUCCAUCUGCCACCCGUCGUCGCGGCCCAAGCCGUUCGUCCCCAUCUUCUGGUCUGCCGUGGGUGCGCAGCUGCGCUACUGCGGGAACACCCCCAAUGGCUGGGAUGACCUGGUGCUGCAGGGCGAACCGGAGAAUGCCAAGUUCGCGGCGUACUAUUGCAAGGGUGACACCGUUGUGGCUGUGGCGACGAUGGGCAUGGACCCGAUCAUGGUCAAGUGUGCGGAGCUCAUGCGUCGGAAGAACAUGCCUUCCAAAAAGGAGAUCCAGAGUGGAGCGGACGUGUUGAAGGUUGGAGUGCCUGAGACCGUGAAGAUGUAA